AUGUCGUCGACUGCCGCCACGGCGCCGCUCCACACUCGCGACCAUGCCGAUGGUGUUCCCAAUAGCUACAUAGUGGCGUUGAAGCCCCAACUGAGCGCUUCCAAGAUAAAGACCUUCUACAAGUCCAUCAAUGCCAACAGCUUAAAAAGUCUUGCUGCUGGUGGGUAUCUCGGAGUCACCAAUACCUUCAACAAUGUGCCAUACAAUGGGUUUCACAUUGAAUGCGACGACAAGACACUCGAGUCCAUCCGGAACAACCCUCUGGUCGAUUCCGUCUAUCAAGAUGGCUAUGUCUAUGCCCAGCGCGGCCUUCCCAGCAGUAUGGCGUUACAGCAGAGAGAAGGUGAAGUUGUCAACAAACCCUGGGGCCUGGGUCGGGCUUCACACCGAAAUGCAAGCAGUCCUGAUUACAUCACUGAGAAACCCAUGCGUACAUACCUCUAUUGCCUCGACACCGGGGUCCGAAUCUCCCAUAAUGAAUUUGGCGGGCGUGCGAUUUGGGGCAAGAAUUUCGUUGAUAAGUCACCUGAUUCAGAUGAGAAUGGCCAUGGCACCCAUACUUGCGCCACCGCGGCUGGCAACUCAGUGGGUGUCGAUAACACGACGGUGCCGAUCGCAGUCAAAUGUCUGGACAAGAACGCGGCAGGAACAUGGUCCAACGUCAUGUCCGCUGUAGACUGGGCUGUCGGUGAUGCACAAGCACGCAGAUCUAUUACUCGCUCCGUGGUCAACAUGUCAAUCGGCGGACCGGCAUUCCAACCAAUGGAGGACGUGGUGUCGAAGGCGAAUGCAGCCGGGAUGACCAUGGUGGUCGCAGCAUCCAACGACAAUGCCGAUGCUUCCAAGUACUCACCGGCGCGAUCACCAGGCGCAAUCACCGUGGCUGCUAUUGACCGCACAGAUACCCGGGCUCCAUUCUCAAACUAUGGCGGCAGCGUAGCGAUAUUUGCUCCUGGAGUCGAUGUCCAUAGUGCUUGGCUCGACAACGAUAUUGAUUACAAGAUCGAGAGUGGCACGAGCAUGGCUGCGCCACAUAUUGCUGGUCUUGCGACUUAUCUCAUAUCUCGAGAGGGACUUGCUGGACCUACGGAGGUCAAGAAGCGGAUACUGAAGCUGGCUACUGGUGGACUAGUGAAAGAUGCUAAGGGAAGUCCGAAUCUUAUCGCAUUCAAUGGUGCGGAGGAUUCCUUCAUUUACUGAAGGGAAAACACUGGUCGGGGUGUUCAGGCCGAUGUGCUGAUUGAGUGGAUGUUCAUACGAUUAGUACUGCGUGUAACCCGCGGCUGAGUGCGUACCUUUGGUAGGGCUUGUCUUGAUUAUAAGGUUGAUUCAUGGCGCUUCUAUUUCGGGGUCUUCGGAUUUGAUGCUUACACAUAUAGAUUUCGUUGUAAUAGAGCAAUUGUUUUGGUCCGUCCAACCAACUCUACAUUCUCUCUCCAUGGGUAGCCUGCCUUGCCUGGUAGCCUUCCUGACACACCAAAAGAUUACCUCUUCGUCUAACCUUAGGUUAUGCGCUAUUUCUAGUGCUGACUGUCGGGGUCAACUGGGCUGGUAGCGUGUGCUAGUAUGUACAGGGUACUACGUUAGCAGGUUAGGUAUCCAUG